AUUCAGAUUCUUCUUAUUUUUCAGUCUCAAUAAUUUGUCUCAACUGUCUCAGAAAAAAUCCACAACAACCCCUUAUACCCUCUCCACUAAAAUAAUCAAUUUUUAAAAUAAAAUCAAUUAUUUUGCAGAAACAAAAUAAAUAAAAUUAAAGUUUUGUGUUUUUAUUUCUUGCAAGUUUUAUCUUAAAGUGGUUACAGAAAACUGUUUUUUCAGUUUCUGCUUUUUUUUUUUGGUUUCAAACCAAUUUUUUAAAUGUGUUCUGUGAAAGCGUGUUGGUGAGUUUGUAGUGUUUUUGUUGUUGCUUAGAUCUGAAAGAAUGGAACCUCCUUCUGGAGUUUUGGCUUCAUUGUGGAGCUUUAUCCUUUUUCUUCCUUUCUUCAUUGGUCUUCUUCUUCUUGGAAUCAUCAAAGGUGUCAUUAUCUGCCCAUUGGCAUGCUUAAUAAUAUCAAUUGGGAACUUUGGUAUCAUAAUUGGACUUUGGCCAGUACAUGUCAUAUGGAGUUAUUACUGUGUUUUAAGAGCUAAACAAUUAGGACCUUCUCUGAAGGCUGUUAUCUGCAUCUUUGUACUGCCAGUGCUGUUAACUUUGUGGCCAAUUCUCGGUAUUUUUGGAAGUAUUGUGGGUGGAGGGGCUUAUGGAUUGCUUCAACCAAUAUUUUCAACUAUUCAAGGAGUGGAUGAAGGAAAAGAGGACAAACUUCGUCACUGUUUGACUGAUGGUACACGGAGCACUCUAGAAAGGAGCUGCAUGGUUGUUCAGGACUUAAAAGAUGUUUGCUAUGUUUCUUACUUUUCUGUUAUGGAUGACCUGCGAAACAACGGACCUCCGGAUAGUAAAUACUAUGAAAUCAGGCUGCUGUAUCUUCCUGUUGCUGUGCUAGCAGCACUUAUUGGAAUAAUAAUUGAUGUGCCAGUAAUAUCAACUGUUGCUUUAUUUAAAUGCCCUUACAUGCUUUUCAAAGGGUGGCACCGAUUGUUUCAUGACCUCAUUGGUCGUGAAGGACCUUUCUUGGAGACUAUAUGUGUACCUUUUGCAGGUCUUGCUAUCCUUCUGUGGCCAUUGGCUGUUGCUGGGGCAGUUGUGGUGUCCAUGUUUUCAGGUUAUUUUAUCGGUGCUUAUGCAGGGGUUGUUGCUUAUCAGGAAUCUUCUUUCUCUUUUGGCAUAAAUUAUGCUAUUGCAGCUUUGUCCAUUUACGAUGAAUACAUUAAUGAUAUUCUGGACAUGCCAGAAGGAACCUGCUUCCCUAGGCCUCAAUACCGAAGAAAUGUAGAUUCAGCACUAAGAACUUCUGAUUCAGCUUCCGUUUCAAGACCUAGUUCCUUCCGAAAGGCACCUUCUCGCUCAUCUUCAAUAAAAAAUAAUAAUAUAGUGGAGUUGAAAUCACUUGAGCUGUUGGAUGGAUUAUUCAAGGAAUGUUGUAUUGUCGGAGGAAAAAUGAUUUCUGAAGGUCUGAUUACAGGCAAAGACAUAGAAGAAGCAAAAUCGAGUAAAGGGAGUAAUGUUAUUACUAUCGGUUUGCCUGCAUAUUGCCUACUCCAGGGACUGUUGCGCUCUGCAAAAGUAAAUUCCGAGGGUAUAUUGAUUAAUGAUGAUACUGAACUAACUCCCUCGAACAGACCAAGAGAGAAAUUUUUUGAAUGGUUCCUCAAUCCUCUUUUGAUCAUUAAAGAACAAAUUAAAGCUGAAAAUCUAUCUGCCUCAGAAGAAGACUACCUCUGCAAAUUAGUUCUCUUGAGGGGUGAUGCAGAGAGAAUAAAAAAUUCAUGUAUUGGCCCGGGCCCAGAAUCUGAGGUCAAGCGUGCCGAACUUGAUGCUCUGGCUAGAAGGCUGCAAGGAAUCACCAGAUCCAUGUCAAGGUUCCCAACCUUCAAGCGCCGUUUUGAUGAACUUGUAAGGACGCUAUAUGACGAUCAUGUUGAGAAGCAUGGAUUACCGUCUCCAACAAUGAAUAGAUCACAGAGUGCCUUUGGUCGGUUGGUAAGUUUCAAAUCUGUCAGGGGGGCAAGAACUUAUGGAUCCGGUCAAGGGUCAGAACAUAUUGUACGAGACGAAGAAAAAUCUUGAUACACCAAGUCUAUUUUUAAGCCGAAGAUACUAAAUUUCUCGAAGUACCAUUACCUAUCUAUGUCCCUACUUAGUGGGAUACGACAUGAUUGUUGAUGUUGUUGCUGUAGUAUACAAAAUAUCAUGUCAUAGGUGAUUUGUUCAUUCUAUUUUGGUAAGUGUAUUUAAUGAUAACUCUAAUAUCUUACCAUGUUUUUCAUACAUGCCAAUUAAUGAUACUGCAAUGUAAACAUAUUUGAGCAACAUUCACAUCUAGUUCAUGUCUUCCUAUGCACUUUUGAGAUUAAUGAGUAUAUAUUGAGAAGAGAAACCUACCAAAAAUAAAC